AUGGUGGGAGGAGUGCUGGCGUGUGGUGUUGGAGCUUUCUAUGGAGGCAAUGAGGUAGAGAAUGGGUCCAAAGAUGCUGAAGAUGUUCUGCUUGGAGAAGCCAUCGAACGCGUCUGUGCCAUGUUUAUAUACAUCGAACUUCCAGGCAACAUCGAAUUCAAUGCGUUCGAUUUACGAAUCUCAGAGGAUGUACACGCACGACUCUCCACAGUCUCAGGCUUUCAGGUCGAAGAUCUACAGCUCAUACACCACUACACCACCUCGACCUACCUCACCAUCGCCGGCCCCGAGCCUUUCGUGCAGGAAGCAUGGCAGAUUCACGUUCCCCGCGAAGCCUAUCAGCAUCCAUAUCUCAUGCACAGUAUCCUCGGCCUAGCAGCUCUGCAUCUCCACCACACUGAAGGACACCAAUCCUGGCACGAGAGUGCAACUCGGCACUACAACCUCGCGCUCUCCUCUUCCAAGCACGCUCUCAGUAACGUCAAUGAAGGCAACUGCAGAAGCCUCUUCGCUUUUUCAGGCAUCAUUGUUAUCCUAGCCUUAGAUUUGCCAUUAGGUCCCCCAGGCCAUAAGAUGAUAAGUAAUCCCGUGAGCGAACUUGUCCAGAUCUCCACCCUGGUGCGCGGAAGCAAGCAUAUCGUGGACUCAUCAUCCCAAUCCUUAAGGACUGGGACUCUGGCGGCGCUGAUACCAGACGGUUUCCUCUGA